AUGACAACUGCAACGACAAACGAUAUCGGGCCAGUCCGUCCCAUGGGCUUGCACGAGCGGUACAGCUUGACACGCCAGAACCUUGGUCACCCACACACCAUCCUCCAUGUCGUUACCUACCCAGCCGCCCAGCUCCCCAAGCUGUCCUUUAUGGAAGCGCGCGUCGUCGAGCUCCAGGCACGACUGCCCAUGCUGCACCCGCGAUUUGUUGACACGAAAACAAACCACCCGGGCUACGUCGCCGGUGCAGUGUGGCCAGCCAACAAGAUUGUGCGCGAGGUGACGUUCACUCCGGCGGCGACGGGACACGAUGAAUCCCUGGCACUGUACAACGCCGAGAUGCUUCGCUUUUCGGCAGUCGACUAUGACACAGAGCCCAUGUGGGCUGUCACCCUAGCAAGCGCGCCUGGCGCCGAGCAUGCGUAUCUCCUCGUGGCGUUUACACACCCGAUUAUCGACGGUCGCGGUUCAAGCUUCAUGCUCCGCGCCCUCACGGCCGAGAACAUUGACUAUAUCGAGACUGAGACGUGGGAGGGUCCCAAGGGCUGCGACGAGACCGUUUCUACCAAGCCGAGUCUCGGCUUCCUCCUCCCCAUCGUGUUCCGCGAGUUGCUCCUCCCGAAGAUGCCGCUGUUUAUCCAGCGUCCCUUCCUCUCCGACGAGCCCUGGCCGGCAGACGCCGUCAAGGGAUCGGUUGUGAACAGCACCCAGGACAUUGAUCUCGUUUCCAUCGACCAGGACGUGACGACAAGGGCCAAAGCCGCCGGCAAAGAGCACGGCGUAGCGACCCUCCACCCUGUGGUGAAGAUGGCGUGGGUGGCCGCGCUCUGGCGUGUCUUCCACAAGGAUGCCAAGCCAUUCCACUGCUCCGCUGGCUCGGCCCGAGACGAGCGCAAUGCCGAGCUGGGCCAUGCGGCCAUCACGCACAAUUACGUGUCCGCGACCGAGUGGGAGGCGACGCUCACUGGUGACGAGCAGUUCUGGGACGUUGCCAAGCAAAUCGCGUACCAAGUCUCAUCCGACCAUGGUAUCACCGAAGGACGGAUGACCAUGGGUCUCCUUGCGCACAUUCCCGACCCGGACGUCGACCCGGCCUCCAAGGACUAUGACCCCAAGCUGCCCACCGGCUGGGAAAAGUACUUUCACGGCCGCGCGACCUCGGAAAACCCUUACCGCGGCAGCGCAUCGUUCAGCAACUUGGGAUACUACGCCCUCCCGCCCGGAGCCACGGAUGCCAUGUGGGGCCAGACGGCGUCGCCCUUUGGCCCGGCAUACCAGGUCAGCAUCAACGGGCAUGAGGGCGGUGUACGACUCACGGCCUCGUUCCGUGAUGGCGCCGUCACAGAUAAGCAGCACACCCACGACUUGCACGCCGUGUAUCUCCGUGUCAUGGAGCGUGUGGCUGCGGGAGAGAGCGACAAGACGAUCGACGAGAUCACACAGUGA